CCUUCCCGCCUUCACGGCCACCACAAACACCGCCAACCAACUCCCUCCACCACCUCUUCCCCAUAAUCCCACCACCAACCCACCACCGCCCAACACCAUCACUGUCAAUGGCAGUCCUCAAAAGCAUCAACCCACCUUCAAGACCACCCAGAACAAACCAAAUACUCUUAUUGAUGAGCUAAUAGUUUCAUGGACUUCUUCGAUUGCCUACCAUUGCCAGAAAGGUCGGUUAUCCGUAGCGGCCUCAGAGUUCAACCGCAUGAGGCUCUCCGGUGUUGAACCCAAUCACAUUACUUUUGUGAGCAUCAUCUCUGGAUGUGCCCAUUUUCCAGCUCGGGCUUUGUGUUUUGGAGCUGCUAUUCAUGGGUAUACACGAAAACUCGGGUUGGAUACAGGGGAUGUGAAGGUUGGAUCGGCUCUUAUUGAUAUGUACUCCAAGUUUGGACAAAUGGGUCUGGCUAGAUUGUGUUUUGAUCACAUGGGGUUCAAGAACAAGGUGUCUUGGAACACUAUGAUUGAUGGGUACAUGAGGAAUGGCGAUUUUGAAGCAGCAGUGAAUCUGUUCGAUGAAAUGCCUGAGAGAGAUGCAAUUACUUGGACUGCUUUGAUUGGUGGAUUUUCGAAACAAGGACUUUUCCAGGAAGCUUUGGUAUGGUUUCAGGAGAUGCAGUUAUCAGGGCAAGAACCUGAUUAUGUAACCUUGAUCUCCUUAUUAUCUGCAAUUGCUAAUUUGGGAAUGCUUGGUUUAGGCCUAUGGUUGCAUCGAUAUGUGAUGGGAUGUGACCUGAGGGAUAACAUUCGGGUGAAUAAUUCAUUGAUUGACAUGUAUUGUAGGUGUGGAUCUGUUGAUUUGGCUCGUCAAGUGUUCAAAAGCAUGCCUAAACGGAGUUUGGUAUCGUGGAACUCCAUCAUUGUUGGCUUGGCAAUGAAUGGGCAUGCAGAGGAGGCAAUCGAGUAUUUCUGGUUGAUGCAAAAGGAUGGGUUUGAACCAGAUGCUGUGAGCUUUACUGGAGCUCUCACUGCAUGUAGCCACGCAGGUUUAGUAAAAGAGGGCCUCAAUUUGUUUUCUACAAUGAGCACGGUACAUAGAAUCUCUCCAAGAAUUGAGCAUUAUGGCUGCAUUGUAGAUCUAUACAGUCGAGCAGGGAUGUUAGAAAAUGCAUUGGAGGUGAUAGAAGACAUGCCCAUGAAGCCAAAUGAAGUUGUAUUGGGAUCAUUAUUAGCAGCAUGUAGGAACAAGGGGGAUGUCAAAUUGGCUGAAAGGCUUAUGAGUUAUAUUUAUCAAAUGGAUCCUGAAGGAGAUUCUAAUCAUGUAUUGCUUUCCAACAUAUAUGCAGCACUUGGAAGUUGGCAUGGGGCAAGCCAUGUUAGGAAGAAAAUGAAGGCACUUGGGGUACGGAAAAAACCAGGAAUCAGUUCAAUUGAGCUUGAUGGUGUCAUCCAUGAAUUUGUAGCUGGUGAUAAAUCCCAUGUCGAGACAGAGUACGUUUAUGCCAUGCUAGAAUUGUUGUCGCUAGAGCUAAGAGUAUCAGGUUACAUGCCAGAGACUAAUUUAUCAGAAUUGUACGAGUAUGACUGAAUCAUUGGUAACGUCGGAUGUUCAUGUUUUUGAAGAGAACACAGAAUCUGUUUCCCUCCUUGAAAUUUAUUUCGUU